AUGGACCGCAAACGCAAGUGGGACGAGCCACAGUCGCAGUCGCCCCAGCCCGGCGCGCCUGCUCCUCCGGACCACAAGGCUGUCAAGUUGGAAGAUGGAGCGUCCCCGCACGCCUCAGGAGGACAGGGCCCGGAUCAGAAGGCUGCUGAGGCUGCUGCCGCCAUCGCCGCCCGCCUCGCCUCGCUCCACCGCCAACCCCCUCCUCCCCCUCCUCCAAUGGGCGCCCCUCCUCCUCCUCCCGGCGGUGCAAGCGGACACGGUGGCGACGCGACGCCUGCGGGCGUGGGAAGCAAGCAUGAGAGGGAUAAGGAUCGCGAGGCGGGUCUCUUCGUCGAAGACAUCGAGAUCAACGACCUGCGCAACCGCUACCUCCUCACCAAAGGCUCGACGCAGCAGCAACUCCUCGCCGAUACCGGUUGCGCCGUGUUGACCAAGGGCGUGUGGUACCCGGACAAGAGUAUGGCGACCGAGAAGGACCCGCCGCUGUUUUUGCACAUCACGGCCGACACCCCCGAGAAACUCGCCGCAGGCGUCUCGGCCGUCCGCGAGCUGAUCAACCAGGAGCUGAACCUGAUCGACGGCCGGCGCGGGCCGAGGAGGGGUGAGGAGGGCGAGAGGGACAGUGGGUAUGGGCAGAGGCGCAAGUGGCCCGAGGAGAAGGUCUUUAUCGACCUCGAACCGCUGCGCAACUUCAACAUCCGCGCCAAGACGGUCGGACCGGGCGGCCUCUUCGUCAAGUACAUCCAGGGCGAGACCGGCACGCGCGUCCAGAUCCGCGGUCAAGGUUCGGGCUACAUUGAGACCGAGACCGGCAGGGAGGGCGACGACCCGCUGCACAUCUCGAUUGCCGGCCCCGAUCAAGCCCAAAUUGACAAGGGCAUCGAGCUCGCCAAAGAUCUCCUCGCCGUCGUCCGGGAGAAGCACGCCGAGGCGCGCCAGGCGCUCGAGUCGGGCCAGUUUGGCAGCGGUGGGAACCAGCAGCAGAUGUAUGGCGGUCAGGUGCGGUACGACCAGCAGCAGCAGCAAGGUGGGCAGCCGUAUGCGUACCAGCCGAACCAGUAUGCUCCCGGCCUCACCGCACCUCUCCCGCCUGGCGAGGCGCCUCCCGCGCCUCCGGCUGCGUCGUCCGCGACGCCCGACCUCGCCGGCGCCGCGGCGAUGAGCGGCAUGUCGACCGAAGCGUACACUCAGUGGUGGAACACGCUCGACGACGCGAGCAAGGCGUACUACACACAAUACUACGCCGCCUACGCCCAGUACGCCGCCAACCCGUCCGCCUACGCCGCCACGACCGCCCAGACCCCCGCUCCUCCGUCCGACGCUCCUCCCCCUCCCCCUUCGAACGCGCCUCCUCCUCCGCCGCCCGAUAGCGCACCUCCUCCGCCGCCUUCGGAUCCGGCGGGUGGAAGCGGGAGGUACGAGGCCGUGCCGCCGCCGCCUGGGUUGUAG